GCGGAGCCAAGUGAGAGCGCCUGCGCAGAGGGUCACGUGGGGGCUGAGCCGGGAAAAUGGCGGCUUCGGGAGAGAGCGGCGCCUCGGGUGGCGGAGGCAGCACCGAGGAAGCAUUCAUGACCUUCUACAGUGAGGUAAAACAAAUAGAGAAAAGAGAUUCAGUUCUUACGUCCAAAAAUCAGAUUGAAAGAUUGACCCGUCCUGGAUCCUCUUACUUCAAUUUAAACCCAUUCGAGGUUCUUCAGAUAGAUCCUGAAGUGACAGAUGAAGAAAUAAAAAAGAGAUUUCGUCAGUUGUCCAUAUUGGUGCAUCCGGACAAAAACCAAGAUGAUGCUGACAGAGCACAAAAGGCUUUUGAAGCUGUGGACAAAGCUUACAAGUUGCUACUGGAUCAGGAACAAAAGAAGAGGGCCCUGGAUGUAAUUCAGGCAGGAAAAGAAUACGUGGAACACACUGUGAAGGAACGAAAAAAACAACUAAAGAAGGAAGGAAAACCUACAAAUGUGGAGGAGGAUGAUCCGGAGCUGUUUAAACAAGCAGUAUAUAAGCAGACCAUGAAACUGUUUGCUGAGCUGGAAAUUAAAAGGAAAGAGAGAGAAGCCAAAGAGAUGCAUGAAAGGAAGCGACAAAGGGAAGAAGAGAUUGAAGCUCAAGAAAAAGCCAAACGAGAGAGAGAGUGGCAGAAAAAUUUUGAGGAAAGUCGAGAUGGUCGGGUGGACAGCUGGCGAAACUUCCAAGCAAAUACAAAGGGGAAGAAAGAAAAGAAAAAUCGGACCUUCUUGAGACCACCAAAAGUGAAAAUGGAGCAGCGCGAGUGACCACGUGGAUCACAGCCACAGAACCCUCCUUCAGCUCUUUCCUGCUUUGAAGGACUCAUUCUUUUCUUCCCACCUCCACCCAAACAUAGAGUAGUAUUUGCUUUUUAGCCCAUUUUGUUUUCAAUACAAUUUAAUACUGAUCAGAGUAAUUCUUUUGUACAUUGAAGUGAGGGGCUUGGUUUAAAAAGACCUUCCUCCACCCUUUACCCCUAGAACAACCAGGAUUGGAAGGUGUCACCAUUGAUGCUGCCUUCUCUUCCCACAGCCUGUAACUUAAUGUUUUGUACUUCACUCAAUUGCGAUGUUUAGAAACUUCAUGUAUACUUCGUGGGAAUCAUCCAAUUAAACAUAUUGCUUACAGUGGUGUUGCUGUGACUUCAGAGACAAGCCUGGGCCACCUUAGGAAGCCCUUCUGCAGCACUUGCUAGCUUUUGUCUGUGCUGUCUUUUGUCACUCCAUGUCAGACAAGGAACACAGUGUGGGCACAGAGGACACAGAACAGUCACUCAGCGCCCUAAAGCUUUGCUGUCCUGAUAUUUGUGUGCCCUUCUAACUGAUCAGUCAGUGUGUCAUGAAGCUCCCAAGCCACCCAAACCUGUCUACUCUCCAGAGAGCUAGCCAUCCUCCCAGCACCUGAUGCUGUUGUGUCCUAGCUGGUCUACAUUCAUUAGUGGUGAUACUCUUUAUGUAUAAUAAAUUUUUGUACCCAAACAA